AUGCUUACGUCUUUGCCCCUGGUUAUAGGUCGAUUAAUUCUCAUUGAUUCUAUCAAUCCACUCUUGCGCUCUAAAAAGACCGAUUCGCAAUUCCAUUUGCCAACUUUUCUGGGCUCGUUCAUUGCACCUCCCGGGUCGUCUCCUACCAAAGUUGAGACCUCACUUAUCGUGACCUUCCACCAGGACGUUCCGAACCAAUUAUGUGCAACACCCUACUCUCCAUCUUCGUUUUCUGCGCUUAGCUAUCUCGCAACGACCGUCAUCAAGCUGCACUCUUUCUCACACAUACUUGCCCAGAAAGCUGCCCGUGAUCGCAGUCUGGCAGCGCCUGUCUUUGGACUCGAAGAAGAGCUGGAUGGAGUCCUGCUCGGCCGAUUGGACAAACCAACAGGAAAAGAUUCUGUAGAAGGGGUCGUGUUAGAAAUGGAGCAUCGGCGUAAAAGUGGACGCGGCGUUUUGGAGUGGUAUGUACUACCACCAGCAGCGCGCUAUCCGUCCAAUUACGCAAAGGAAAUCGUGAUUCUACUUGACGAUCACCCGCUGUAUCGUCCACCGGUGGAGCCAGACGUUGGAAUGGGGAGCAGCGAACCAGAGUCGACUUUUGAGUUACGUCUCACCGAACGGCAAAGAAGGGAGAGAGAAGGAGUCGUGUUGCCUUACUUUGAUGCGCAGCAAGGCGACGGCCCUGGAGAGGGCGGACGCAUUCUCUAUGAUAUGGGUGAAGAGGAUGAUUUUGACGAAGAAGAGGACGAAUUAUAA